UCACCACCACCACACCACCACCACCACCACCACCACCACUACACCACUACACCACACACACACACACAUACACACAGACCACAGACCACACACAUUCCACAAACUCCAUAGACGGUGACAUGUCUGGAACACCAUCCGCAAACCGUCGCACGCGGUCGUUGAAGGGUCGCCGUCGGGUCGCCACGCCCACCUCCAACCGCCAGGCCGUCAAGUUCCUGACCCAGAGGGCCAAGGAGCGGGAGGCACGGAGGGAGGCCAAGCUGGCACAGCUGGAUCACGAGCAAAGGGAGCUGGACUUUCAGUAUGUGCAAAAGGUGAAAGAAGCCAACGAUAUGUUGUUGACGCUGGCACCGACCAAGCAGUAUCGGGUGUUCAAGGCUCAUGCGCGGGCCGAGCUGCGCAUCCACUUGUACCAGAAGGACGACCUGCUGAAGGACCUUUCCAUCGACCGUUUCCGGCGCGAGUACAAGCGGCUGCUGGUAGAGAUCGAGCGCCGCGAGUCGCAGGCUCGCAUGGGUCUCUCUGCUCGCUCGCGCGCAGAGACGGCCAAGCAGCGGCGGCAGGCCACCCGGCAGGAGAUGCAGUCUGUCCUUCUCGACACCACCCGGCUCAUCGGCCGACUCCGCGAUCAGCUCGAGGAGCUCGAGUCCAAGGGCGGGUCCUUCUCGCCCUACAUCGAGCGCCGUUAGCGCCUGCCUCUUUCCCAUGGGCCCAGCAUGGUGAUCUUGACCUCACCCUCUUGCCCUUUCUGGACCGCAUUCUGCUCGCUAGCAUCUACUGUAGAUCCGCAUGAAGCCGUUUGCAAACGCCUUAUCCCC